AUGUUCCCCGAUGAGCUUAAGGGACUCACGCCGGUCGAAGAGAAGCUCAUCUCGCUGAACUCGUGUUACGGGGUUGUCACGAGGUAUAGCAUCCCGGGCGGGCAGAGGCAGGCCGUGAGGUAUCCGAGGCAUGUCAAGGGCCACAUCACGGUGUUUCCGAACAACGUGCAGGAGCUGGCAACUAAAGUGCUCCCGCACCCUCUUCUGCAAGCACUGGACGAGAUCCAUGUUUCGUGGCAGGGCGCGGAGAAGCCGGCACCGAGCGACCUGUCGAGUCUGUUGUCGGUGAGGCGGCGGGUCGUGGGGAGGGCGCUUGUUUGGCUGAAGAGGAACAACCCCCACUACGCCGAGAUCGAGAUCGACGCGGCGGAAAUGGAGAGCUGGGGUGACCCGAUUCACGGGGUGCCGGCGUUGGUGUACGAUCGCAUGGAGCGGAACGAGCCGUCUGCAUGGGAGAAGACGCGAACGGCACACGUUGUGCCGCCCACGGAGCGCGCCAUGGACGACGAGGGGUCGGUAGAGAUCGACCAACUCUUCGCGCUGCUCAACCAAAGGCAAGAGACAGACGGCGAGGCUGAAGGGCAGGGGCCUAACGAAGAAGGUGCGGAUCGCGUUGGAAUUGGCGCUGGCCCUGAUCAGAACGUUCCAGCGAUCAACGAGGUGACGUCCUCUGCCAUGUUUGCACUGGACGGACCGCCAGGCGUGGUAGAUGUCGAGAAGCUGCGGUUUGCCUGCGACGCCAUUGGUGAGGGUGCCGACGAGAGCCGUGCAGGCCCGAGAACGUGGGUCGGAUGCUCGGCGGCGGGGGCUCGGGGGCGUGGCAACGAUGGCUGUGAGCCAUACAUCCGAGUCUCGCGGGGGGACGAAUUCGCCGAUUCCUUCGAGACGUUCUUCUUCGCCCGAACGUUCCCGACCCUGUUCCCAUUUGGCGUUGGGGGACCAAGGCUGCUUGAAGAGACCAUGGUCGAGGUCGGGAAGGCCACCGCCGACUUGCGAGGUAGGGCUGUCGAGGCAGAGGCGGCUGCGCGAGACUCCGUAUCCUCUCGAAGCUUGAACCUUCGGGUGUGGGCCGACAUAGUGCUCCGGCGCCAUGGUGGCCGAUUCGCGUUGCACCACAUCUUUGCAUUUCUUGUCUUCAACAUGGGGGUGCGAUCGCGGAACCGCCGCGUUAGCAUGCUGAGUGUGACGAGGAGGAACUUCCGCAUGGUAGAACGCAUUGUUCGCUCGAUGACCGCAGAGAGGUUAGCCGCGGCGAGGGUCGAGUUGGAGAGCUCGGGCAAGACGACCGACGAUGGCGUGAAGGAGCUUCUCAGGAGCCUGUCGCUGUACGGCCACCGGCAGCCCAUGUCCAGGGAGGUCCGGCUCAAUAUGCGGCGGAAAAUCCAGUCGCUCAUCGUUGGCUACGGCGUGCCGGCCAUCUGGUUCACCAUCAACCCGAAUGACAUUACGAACCCGGUGAAGCUGCGACUGGCGGCAUACCGCACUCGCGAUCCCGACGCGGCCGAGGAGUUCCUAGAAGGCCUUGGAAGUGCGUACAAGCGGACGCGGCUGGCGAUAUCGGAUCCCAUGAGCUCCGCCGUAUUCUUCCACCGGGAGAUGAAGCUGUUCUUCGAUCACUACGUGAAAGUCGGGGCAGAGUCGGUGUUCGGGCGCAUCAGCAAGUACUACGGCGCCGUGGAGACCAACGAACGAGGGGCGCUUCAUGUCCACGGCUUGCUCUGGUUGCAGGGAAACGCGCAUCUCAGCUCGAUGCUGGCCGACAUCCACGGGGAGGAUCAGGCGGCGUAUCGCGAGCGAAUCAUGCGAUACGUCGAUAGUGUCUUCUCCGAGGAUCUGGACCAGGAAGGAUUCUGCGCCGUGCAAGCGGAGCGAUCUGUGACAGCCGAUAUUUCCUCCCUGCUGAACAACACCGAGCAGUUUUCGGCCGCCUUUGACGAGGAGGCCAACUUCUGUGCCGGCGCGACACAGGUUCACACGCAUAGCCCGACCUGUGUCAAGUAUUCCUUGGGCAAAGGAGCGCGGAAAGGGAAUCUAUGCCGGUUCAAGGCUCCAUGGAGGUUGAUCGACAAGACCGCCAUCACGGCAGACGGGGUGCUGCAGAUCCGGAGGAGUCACAGCAUGGUCAAUCGAUGGAACAAGGCCGUCGCUGUGGGGCUCCGGCACAACCACGACAUUUCCUUCAUUGCGACGCAGCGCAAGACCAUGGCCCUUAUAUAUUAUGUCACGAAUUACGCGACCAAGGUGGAAGACCCGGUGUGGAAGCGUGUGGCGGCCGCGGCCGAGCUCCUGGCCGCCUCGACGGAUGACGGCGCGGGCAAUGGAGGACGGGACGGCGGUGGAGGUGCUGUUGGCGACGACGCCGCCAAGGGGAACAGGACCCGACAGUUCUUGAUGAGGGUGGCGAAUCGCGUGUUCACGGACCGUCCGCUUUCGCAGGUCGAGGUCAUCGCUCAUCUUCUGGGAUAUCCGGCCGAGUUCACCAACAGCAGCGCCUGGGCGUACCUGAACACAUCUCUGCUGUACUGGGAAGUCUUUCGACGGUGGCCGCAUCUCCGGCAAGCAAGUGGCGCGGCGGACACAGACGAUAUUCUGGAUGAGUCGGUCGUCGUCGUCGAAGAAGCAGGCCUGAGGAUCUCCCACGUCGAGGCGUACCAGCACCGGGGAGAGCUCCUGCGGGGGCUAUGCUUAUACGACUACAUAUCGCUCGUGAGACUAAAACGCAUCUGCAAGGAGGCGGCGAGCUGUGCGGCCUGGGGGGAGGUGGCCUUCGAGGAUGGAUGGGCGCCGGGAGGAAAAGGCUGGGUCCAGGUGCUCAGGCGGCCGGGCAAGCAUGCUACCGUCUGCCUCGAUGGCUACCUAAGCAAGGACUUCGGCGACGACGACGACGACGAGUCGUGCCACCGGAGGGCAGCCGUGCAGCAUCUUGCAUUAUUCGUGCCGUGGGAGUCCUUCCUGUGCGAAGAAACGGGCGAGAUCAAUGGCAUCUGGGAGCGGGCGCGAGAGGCGCUGGCUCGGAGAAUAUCAUGUCUCGUCGACAACGUGCAGCUGCUUCGACGGUCAGCCGAAGACGCAAAACGCGACGCCAAGCAAUGGGCGGCCUCAUCCGGCGAUGGCGACUCCACGGUCACACACGUCGAGGAGGGCGAGACAGGCGGGGCGGGCGCAGAAUCUGCGGCGACGUAUCAGCCCAACAACAUCGGAGACGCAACCCGGCUGAUCGACGUGGUCCGAGGCGCAGUGGGCACGAAUCAAGCGACGGCCAAGUCGCCGGAGCUCAUGGCGUUGAUGCAGCAGCUCUGUCGGUUUCAUCAAUCGGCGCUGUGCUCAACGGCCGAGCUCGAGGCCACCGUGAUUCCCGAGCAAGGGAAUCAGGUCAAGGCUAUCAAGUCGCAGCAGAUAAGUGCGUCGAGGGAGAGGGAGAGAAUGAUCCAAGGCGUACAAACCACACCCACGGUCCGGGAAAGCGACCGCCGAGUUGCGUUGCGGCGGGUGAUGACCGGCUUCGGGGAGGACGACAUCGAAGUGACGAUGGCCGACUCCGACGAGACGGCUAGCGACGCAGAAGCGGGAAUGCGCGUCCAGCUUGGCCCAUCAACUUCCUUCCUCGCGGCGGGCAGGAAGCUGGCAACACGGCUGACGCUGAACAAGAGGCAGUCAAUCGCGUUCCUACUAAUAUGCCGCCGGCUCGAUUUGAUGCGACAAACGGAUAGGGGCGAUGUCGGCCAGCUGUGCCAGUUCGUCGGCGGCGAGGGGGGUACCGGCAAGUCGCGAAUCAUUGGGGCACUCGUCGAGUUGUUCAGAAGGAAGAGCAUUUCGAAUCGUCUGCUGAUCACGGCGACGUCAGGGACUGCCGCAGCGCAGAUCAACGGAAUCACGAUCCACUCCGCCUGCGGGUUCACCAAAGACCAAGGGGCGGGCGGCGCGAACAAGGCCAAGGACCUUGACGGGGUGCGGCUGCCGAAACAGGCGGAGCGGUUCAUCCACGGCCAGUCUCGAAUGGAUUGGCAGGAGAAGGAGGUGCUGGUCAUCGACGAGGUGAGCAUGCUCGGAGCGCGUACGCUGCACGCCGUAAACGAGCAGCUCCGCCGGCUUCGAGGAUCGCAGGAAGACUUCGGGGGGAUCCCCAUCGUCCUCUUCUUCGGAGACUUUCAGCAGUUCCGGCCGGUCCAAGAGAGGGCCGAGCAGCGUCACCAGCACGACAAAGCGCACGCGCUGUGGAAGAGGUUCACGACGGUCGUCAUGCUGGACGAGCAGAUGCGCGCCGCCGGCGACCGGGAGCUGCAGAGGCUGCUGAAGCGGAUCCGUCUAGGCGUGCAGGACCGCACGGACCUGGACCUCCUCAACUCAAGGUGCUACCGGGAGGGUAGGCGGAUCCCUUGGGAAACGGGCAUCACCGUGGUGACGCCGCUCAAUAGGAACCGGUGGAACCUAAACAUGGAGGCGAGCUUGGCGUUCCGGGUCCAGCGGCGGUCAAUGAUGCGCAUCUUCAUCUCCGAGCACAGGUGGAAGGAGGAGCUGCCGACGGAGGAAGAAGCGAUCAUGAUGCUCAACCAGGGCGACGAUAGCGAGAUCCCGGUGCCGGCCGUCUUCAUGUUCGCGCCCGGGAUGCCGGUCGUCGUGAACCACAACACCCAUCAGGGGCUGAAGCUGGUAAACGGCGCCAGCUAUUCGGCGGUUGAGGUCAUCAUCGACAAGGCGUACCCGGGGCAUCGGAUCUCAGCCGACAUGACGAUCCACUUCGGGCCGCCGGCAGGGAUAAUUUUGGAAUCGGCGACGACAAGGGACCUCCACUUCCGGAACGAUGUCAGCCGGAAGGGUUUGCCGUGCGCAGCAGCCUUCGCGUGCACAGACUACAAGGUGCAGGGCAGGACGCUGGAGCGCGUGGCCCUUGAGCUGCGAGGGACACGGACGACGAACAUCGAUGGAAUGCGCGUGGCCGCGCAGUGUGACCCGUACAGCUUGUACGUGCAGCUAUCGCGCUGCCGAACGCUUGACGGCAUCAUGCUCGUGUCCAAGGUGCGGGAGAGAGACUUAGUGGGCAACCGGGUUCCCGUGGAUAUGACUGCCGCACAGGCCAGGCUCGAGGUACUGAGCGAGAGGACUGUUGAGGAGGCGUCACGCUGGUUAGCUGAAGAGUCAAGGCGACGGCGCCGGGCGACGUGA